ACGGGGCGAGGGUCCGCCUGUCUUACCUACCAACCUCACCUCUCUCAUCGUCCCCUCCUACCCCCCUUUUUUUCCCUUUUCUUUUCUUUUCAUCCUCCUCUUCCCCCACCACCACCACCACCACCAAGCAAGCAAGCAAUCCUGUCGCCUUUCACUCCUUCUUCCCUCCUCCUCCUCCUCCACAACCCGUCGAUGCAGCAGUGCUCAAAGACCGAACAACGAGCCCAAGCUGUCUGCUCCUCCUUCUCCGGCUCAUCAAACCUCGAAUAG